AAAAAAAGAGAGAGGUGGGGUAGGAAAUUGACUACAUCCAUCUCCUUUUUUUUCCAUUCUUGUCCAGCGCGGCCAGUGUGUGUGUGUGUGUAAGAAAAGGGGAGGGGGUAUUUUUAUUUGUGUUGUACUUUCUGGCCAGUCAUUUCCUAUUAACCCGGAGAAAGGAGGAGAUGAAAAGGAGCCAACAACAACGACGCCGCCGCCGGAGGUUUAAGAUAUAUAUAUUUUGUGUAUUUUUAUUUUUAUUUUAUUUUAUUUUUAUAUUUUUUUUUUCGGUCAUGUUUUAUUACAACUGCAGCGACGACGAGAGAGGAGAAAGAGACGGGCAGCUUAACGAUGAGCAUCAGCAGCCUCUUGCCUUAUUCACGAGUCUCGGGAUUUCUCUGAAAGCCUUGCCUCCACUCUCUUCUCUCUGUGUGUGUAUACACACAGCCAGGAGCUGCUGCUGGCCUGCCUCUUCAGACUUGACCGGAUGAGGGGCGGGUUCCCAGUGUCUGUUGGUGUAUAUAUAUAUAUAUAUAUACUUCUGGUUGAGACGGACAUGUAGAGGGGGGAGAACUGCGACGGACGAGUUGACUGAUCGAUUUUCUUUAGCUGUACUUAUGUGUGUGUGCAGUGGCUCCUAGUUUUAUAUCAAAAUGUGGUGGUGGUGGUGGUGAUGCUGGCCAGCCAAGGACACGCCCCGACGUAUAAUAUCUCUUUUUUAUUAUUAUUUGACAUUCUUUGCCCGGCUAAAAGUCGUCUUUUUUUGGGUGGGGGAAAUUUGAUUCUUUAGUCAAUUAUUUGUUGAUGGCCAACUUUUUAUUUAGAAUAAAAGAGAUGACAACUCUCGAGUAUGCAAAUAGACGACGGCCGCCCGUCCGCCCGCCAGCCCCGGACUUGUAAAUAUACACAUACAAGGAAUAUAUAUAUAUCACACAAGUUAGGAGCUCUGAUCUGCUUCCAUUGUGUGUGUGUACAUGCAGAUAUCGAUUUUCCACGAAAUUGAACAACCACACCAAACAGAAUCAGACAAAACAACAAGAGUGGCGGAGGGGAAUCAACAUUGAGAAAUUGAUUUUGUCAACACCAUUUCUCCUUUUCUUUUCUCCUUUUUUUUAUUAUUUCAAGCUCCUGUUUCGGAUGAGUGGGGGGGGGAGGAUAAAAUCCUACCUAUCCACCUCCUUCCGGUAUCGUGAAAUCCAAACGACCCCAUCGGGAAAUUUCCUUCCAUCAUCUCGACUACGUGCUCCUUGUAUAUUUAAACUUUUUUCCCCUUUUUUUAUUUAUUUAAAAGAUUUAAAUUUCUUCAUUUUAAAUUUUAAAAGGCUGGGGAGGAACGGCGAUGAAUUGAUUCAUUAGGAGCCCGGGUGGGGUGGUGGUGAAUUUUUUGGAAGCCUCUAAUCAUCAAAUUCAGGAGCCCCACAAAGACCACCCGAGUCUCAACCCCCCCGUUGUCAUGUCAACAGCAGCAGGAGCCAGUCGAGAGCCCUUCCCAUUUGAGUUGGUGACCCUUGUCCACGAUCUUUUCUGAUUAGGAGCUCAAGAAAAGAAAAUGGUGUGUGUGGCCGCGCGUCGAAAAGGAGGUCAGAAUUGCGCAGGAUCGUUCGUACACGACGACGGAGAGCGAGGAGCAUCAGGAGCCAUGAGUGAGGUCUGAGAGUCGUCAGUCGGUCGUCAGUUGUGGCUCCUAACCAUUUUGGCUGCCUCCGUUCUCUCCCCCCUUUUUUCCACAAAAGUUUCUUUCCCUUUUUCCCUUUUUUAUUUUUGAUUUCUUCGUUUUAUUUAAACUUGUUUUUUUUUUAAUAUUUUUCUAUUUUUAUCUCCCUCUCAUGCUCCUUAUUCCUCUUCCCUCCUGGACACAUAAAAGUUUGGCCAUUUUGUUGGUGAAAAAAAAAGGAAAAAAGUUGUCGCAGUUUGUUGCAGUUUUGAUGGAUGGCCAGCACCACAGCAGCACCAGCAGUCCGGGAUGGUUACGGAUUCAUCCAGUGUCUCGACUCGUUUGGCCGGCCGUCGCUCCUGAUUUCAUUUGUGUGUCGCAAGUCCAGCUGCAGUAGCAGCUCUUCCAGUGGCAGACUCCAGUGAGUGUGUGUCCAGUGUGUGUGUGUGUGUGUGUUUGCCCGUUGGCCGUCGAAGGAGAAUUUCCGGUUGGUUUGAUUUUGCCCAUCAAGGAGCCGAAGGAUUAACACGAGUUUUGAUGGCGUCUUGAUGGCUUUUCCCUGUGAUUUCAUCGACGGCCACGACUCGCCCGUCGACGGAGAAGACGGCGGCCAUGGCCGCCUAUCAACGGCUCCUCGUCAUGGUGGCACUCGUGUCGGCCGUCACGACGUCAGGAGGCCGGACGCCGGACACGACGGGAGGGACAACGAGAGCCUCGUCCUCUGUGGUUCGAAUCCUGGCCGUCUUCGACCAGGCCGAGCUGGAAACGAUGGAGCGGGUCAUGCACAAGACCCUGAUUGCACUCAACAAGGAGAAGACGGCCUGGACGGGCGGCGGGAUUGGCCGUUUAUCAAACAGCGGGAUCGGUGCCGACGCCAACGUCACAGCGUCGACGUCCACCAACGGCAAAAGGAGGAAAUGGCUGGCCGGCGGCGGUGGUGGAGGCCGUCUGACGGUGGACAGUGUCACGUUCUCGUCGCAGUGGUGGCUCAAUCAGACGGCCGACGAUCUGGCCCGGCUCAUUUUGACUCACCGCCCAGUGGCCGUCCUGGUCCUCUCGGCCGACGAUCGCUCCGUUUUCAGGGUGGCCCUGGCCGCCGCCCCCUUCCACCUGCCCGUCAUCGGUGCCCGAGCCCAGCGCGGACUGGACGACUCUUCCUUCCGGGGCAUUUCGCCGUUGUACGUGGGACUGAACCCUGGACCCCAUCACCUGGCCUCUGCUCUUCACCACCUGCUGCUGGCCAACAAUUGGCUGCCCGUGACUUUGAUUGUCGACGACUCGCUGGCGGCCCAGAAGAUUCGCCAGGUGGUCCAGCGGCACUCGUCGCCCAGCGCCAAGGUCGACAAGGUCAUGGUGGUGACGAUGAACCGCGGCUCGGCUCCGCACCGGAUCCUGGCCCAGCUGAGCGGCAUCCAGCAGACGACGUCGCUGGUCAUCGCCUUUUGCUGCGAGCCCCGGCUGGCCUCGCUCAUCUUCCGCGAAGCCAAACGGCUCAACAUGCUCAACGGCGACUGGGUCUGGCUGGCCCUGGAGCAGGCCGUCUCGGGAUUUCACCAGCACUGGACGGCCGGCUACUCGCCGGCCGCCGCUGGCCGGUUGCCGCUCAUCGGCCGUCAGUGGCAGACUCAGGAGGAAGAGCAAGACGACCAAGACGAUUGGCCUCUGGGCCUGCUGGGCCUCGUCUCCCAGCAACCGCUCCGGCUGACCAAACACACGAUGAAGGGCUCGCUGGCCGUCAUCCACUCGGCCGUCAGGGCCAGUCUGCCCGCCCAUCAGCUCCAAACGUGGCUGGACUCGUGGACAAACGAUUCCGGCGUCAGUAGUAGAGAGGCCAGCAGCAGCAGCAGCUCAUCCCAGUCGAUUCAUCAGCUCCUGCGACUACAAGUGGCCAAAAAGCUGGACAGUGAGAUCCGAUGGCGAGUGAAAGAGGCCCUGGCCGGCCGUUUGACGUACGACGGAGGCGGUAAAAUCGACUCGGCCCUCAGAGCCAACUUUGACGUCAUCAAUCUCGUUCCGCCCGGACCUUUUUACCCAAAGAGCUUGGCUGGCAACGCCGUCAAAUCCACAAAGUCGUCAACUUCUUCUUCCACUUCCACUAGGAGCAAAAGAGAAACGACCACACGGCCAGACGUCAAUCGUUUGACCAAUGUUACUGCCGGCCCGCCCCCCAUCUCCACGUCAACAACGGAAUUGCUGAUGGCCGACGAGGAGGACGACGGAGGCGAAGUCCAGGAAGAUGUCCAGGAUCAGGAAUACGCCGGCGGCGGCGGUUUGGAAGAGACGAGCGACUCGUCGGCCGCCGAUGAGGAAUUGGACGGCGAUCAGGACGAUCCGGACAACGGCGGACGGCCGGCCGUCAUCUCGGCCGGCCCGUCCAGCAGCGGCAACUCGCUCCUCAACGGAUCCAACAAUCUCGCCGGCCUCAAGGAGCCGACGACUUUCCGUCCGCCCAUUUGGCAAUCUGUUGGCAACGUCUCUGGCCAGGCCGUCACUUUCAAAGGAGUUCAAUGGCCGGGCGGCGGAUUGGCCGGCCCGCGGUCGCACAGCCGUCGGGUCUACCGGGUGGCGACCAUUUUCUCGCCUCCGUUCGUGAUGGAGACGGAAGUGUUCAAGGAGGACGACGAGGAGGAGGAGGAGCAGCGUUGCCUGACUGGCGUGCCUUGCCUGCGGGUCUCUACCGGACAGAAGGACGAGCUGGCCCGCAUCUUUGGCGACUACGAGGGGGCCCAGCUCCACAAGGGCCGCUCCUACAAUUUGACGUGCUGCUACGGCUACUCGAUCGACCUGAUGGAGAACGUGGCCAGCGACCUGGACGUCAAGUUCCAGGUCUAUGUGGUGGCCGACGGCCAGUGCGGAAGCGCCAAGCGGGGCGGCCAGCAGGCAGCCGGCCCAGCUGGGACGGCGGCGGCCUCGUGGGACGGUAUCGUGGCCGACCUGCGCUCGGGAGCGGCCCAUUUGAGUUUCGCCCCUUUGAGCGUGACGUCGGCCAGGAGCGAGGCCAUCGACUUUUCCAUCCCCUACUUUUACUCUGGCCUGUCGAUCCUGCAGGCCAGCAAGAUCAACAACGACGACGUGCCGCUGCUGGCCUUCCUGAAACCCUUCCGUCCCGAUCUGUGGAUCGGCAUCUUCAUCAGCCUCAACCUGACGGCCCUGGCCGUGGCCAUCUACGAGUGGCUCAGUCCGUUCGGGCUCAAUCCUUGGGGCCGCCAGCGGACCAAAAAUUUCAGCCUUGCCUCGGCCCUCUGGGUCAUGUGGGGCCUCCUCUUCAGCCACCUGGUGGCCUUCAAGGCCCCCAAAUCGUGGCCCAACAAGUUCCUCAUCAACGUCUGGGGCGGAUUCAGCGUCAUCUUCCUGGCCAGCUACACGGCCAACAUUGCCGCCUUGUUCGCCGGCGUCUUCUCAGAGACGGCCGUCACCAAUUUCCACGAUCCCCGCCUGCUGAGCCAAAAAGUGGGCACCACUCGAAGCUCGGCCGCCCAGCACUACGCCCAGAAGACGAAUCGAGGACUGGCCGAGCAUCUGGAACGGUUCACGGUGCCGGACCUCGAAGAAGGCAUCGCCCGUCUCAGAGACGGACGGCUGGAUUUGCUCAUUGGCGACACGCCCAUAUUGGAUUAUUACCGUGCCAACGAUCCCGGCUGCACGUUGCGUACGGUGGACGUCAUCGAGGAGGACAAUUACGCCGUCGGCAUGACCAAAGGGCUGCGAUUGCAGACGAGUAUUUCGUCUUUGAUUUCCAGCUAUUCCACUUCCGGAUACAUGGAUGAAUUGCGGAGUAAAUGGUACAGUUCCCUGCCUUGCUCCCGUUCGGCCAACGACGCCUACCGGCCUCAACCGCUGGGCGUUUCGGCCGUGGCCGGAGUCUUCAUCCUUUUGGGCUUUGGCAUCCUGGGCGGAUGCAUCAUCCUCGUCCUGGAGCAUUUGGUCUACAAAUUCGCUCUGCCCGUCCUACGCCGCCAGCACAAGGGCACCAUCUGGCGGUCGCCCAACAUGAUGUUCUUCAGUCAAAAACUUUACCGGUUCAUCAAUUGCGUGGAACUUUUGUCGCCUCAUCACGCGGCCAAAGAAUUGAUGCACAGCCUGCGGCAGGGUCAGAUCACGUCCCUGUUCCAGAAGAGCGUCAAACGGAAGGAAAACGAGCAGAAGCGGAGGCGGAAGAGCAAGGCCCAGUUCUUCGAGAUGAUCCGCGAGGUGCGGCGCUGCCAGCAGGAGGAGAAGGAAACGGAAACGGCCGACGACGGCCAGGAGGACGAGGAGGAAGGAUACGACCACCACCGCCGACGCCGUGGGGUGGCCGACGAGGAGGAGACUGAGGGUGAAGGUGUGGGCGACGAUGACGACGACGAAGAGAAGAGGAGGGAAUUCCGGCCUCCGCCGCCGCCGGCCGAUUACGGAGACGAUUACCUGGCGGAGGCGGAAGAGGACGAGUCCAUCAGCGUCGUGGUGGUGCGCAAUCAGACGCCAUCUAGUGACGAAAUUGCGCCCUACAAUGCUUCCGCUGCCCAGCAACAACAGCCGCCCAGGGUCAGGCACAGCGUGUCGAACGUGACCGAUCCGGGCGCCUUCUCGCUCGAUCCGCACUCGUCCAUCCGCUCCACCGACAGCGAACGCAAAUGGAAAUUUCAAAUGGCCAAAAGGAGGAGGUCGUUUAGCGCCGACGCCCUCUGCGAACCCGCCCACGUCCAUCAUCAUCACCAAAGACGUCGUCAAGGUGUGAGAUUCGCCGAGAGCAGUUCGAGCAGUUCGAGCAGCAGCAGCAGCGAUCAGAGUCUGAGUCAGGUGGAAGAUGGCGCUGGGGUGGUCGGCCGGUCGUCGUUGCGCUGGACGGAGGACGGCGAGGACAGCAGCAGCACUCUGCUCUGCUCCAUGGUGGACAGAGCGACGCUGAACAAGCUCACCAAGGAGGACCUGCUCCUAUUGUGGCAGGCGGCCGAGUCUGAAUGGCUGGCCAAAGUCAGGGCCUUGCGCAAGCAGCGCGACAUUCUCCAACUUCGCUAUCAGCACGCCAGAGUCACAGCACAAGUCCAGCCGGCAGCCCAGACUCCUUAUCAACCCCCGGCAACACCUCCGCCGGCUCCCACCAUGAAGUUCUGAUGAAAAGGUUGAAAUUUAACAUUUCCAAUUUUCGGUGGGGGGAUUUUCCAAACUCCCAUUUCCUCUUUCCCCCACCCUCUCUAUUCCUCCAGCCCCACCCUUUUUUAUAAAGAAAAAACCAAUUUAUGCAAACAACGAACACUCUCCCCCCCCCCUCCACUUUGUUUUCACUUCUUAAGCAAGCAGUUGAGUCGCGGAUUAUUUGUAAAUUACGAUAUUUAUAAGAAGAAACUUUAUCAUCCCUAUAAUUAUUUUAAAAAUUAAAUCGAUUUUGUUUUGGGUUUCAAUUAGAAAAUAGUUUGUUUGUUUUGUUUUUUUGGCGGCGGGAAAAUUUGAAAUUUUGAAAUUUUAACCAAAAAUACUAUAAUAAUAUAUAAUAUAAUCCCCCGGAACUAUUAUUACUAACACCACACAUCCCUCCUUAAAAAAUAAAACCAAAAUAAUGUAAUAAUAAUUUAAUUCGCCAGUACUAUACUAUGUAGAAAUUUCGGAUACACACACACACAAACGUGCGCAGAAAAAGCAAAAAAAAAAAUGUUUGGAAUAUUUUUCAAAAUAAAUAAAAAAUAAGAAUUUUUAGCGCGGACCCGGUCAGAAAAAAAAAUUUAAAUUUCGAAUUUUUUAAAAAUCUUUUUGCGAAAUUUCGUCCGGAGUCCGCUCACUUUUUGAAAGACAAAUUUUUUAAAUUAUUGUUGAAUUAUUAUAACAAUUUUUUUUUUUUGGCGAAUAAAAAAAAAAUGAAGUAAUAAUUUAAAAAAAAAUAAUAAAUAGAUUCGUUGUGUUUGUGGGGGCGAUCGUUUGUUUAUUCCGUGUGUGUGUGUGGUUGUGUGUGUCUUGGCAGCAGCAGCAGAGAGAGAGAGAGUGCCUCUUUUGUUUCUUUUUUCUCCUUCACGUCUUCUAUCUUCCUCAUCUUUUAUGCUUGGAACGCGCUCCUCAUUUCCUCCGGCCCUCCCCCCUCUCUUUCCAUCCCCUCAACCCUUAAUACAUACAACAUCAGCUUGAUUAUCACGCAGAAAAUCGAUAAUCUUUUGUGGAUGUUGUGUGUGCGGUUACCGGACGGGGGUUUGUGAGCGCGAAAUUCAAACUUUGAAAACAAAACAAAAAAAAUUUUAAUUAAAAAAGCUAAAAAAAAAGAAUUAAAUUAAAUUUGCAAUAUUUUGAUUGGGCUUCAAAAAAAAAAGACACGCCCUCUUUUUGAUUCUCCUAAUUGAUUAUUAGGGAAAUUAUUACUAAUUGCAUUGAUACAAAAUAAAAUAACGAUGAAAUUGAAA